UACCUGUGUAGGUGUGUCGGCUCCAGUCCCCUCCCUCCACUGCCGAGUGGCACUGACGUCAGGGCGACGGUGUCCAAGUGUCAUAUACCUAUCCACCACGGUUGUCCGCCAGUCGGCCCGACAUGGGACUGCUGCUCGGUACCUACUCUGUGCACCAAGACCUGCCGACGCGCCGCAUUUUCACAUAAGUAGAUCAGUGUCGAUCGGGGAAGCCUUCAAAGUUCAGCCCCGGCAGUUCGCCAAUUAUAGUCCGUCCUGUCCGUGGCCACUCGGUUUCACGCAACGCCUUCGCAGCGCAGUCUCGAGCCACCUGGAACUCUUACCUAAUACCUACGGCAAUCGGUACACCAUUGUAUUUUACAAAUAUGUAGGAGUCGAAGAUGAUAAUGUACACAUACGUUGUAUUAUUGUCUUGUCAGAGAGACACGGGGGGGCCCGGCGGGUGUGUACCUCGUCAUAACACAAUGUGCGUGUAGUGGCUCUUUUGUACAUAUAUAUUUAUUAUCAAGUGUUAGGUGACAAGUAUAUAUUUGUGUAUGCAGGAUACAAUAUUUUACUUGGUAAUUGAAUACUGUGCAUCCUGAAAACGUCGGUUCCUCGGUGCAACGGAAACACACGAGUGCUCGCAGACGGAUUGUUAUAGGUGAUGGUAGUGACGUUGUGAAAUUCAUUGUUGUGUGAUGUAUACGAGUUGGCGUAGUGUAUAGUGGCAACAGAGCUUGCGCGCGUGUGCGCUUGCGAUCCGUGAUAGUGUAUUAUAGGUGAGGUAUACCCCUCCACCAGCACUCCUGAGCUGAAAAAGAGAGGACAAACGCAAAAAUGGGUAACCAGCCGUCCGCCCACCAGCCGCUCGAGAAGGGCUUCAAGAGAGCCAGGAGCUUUCGUUUCUCGAAGCGCGAGCGAUCGCCGAACAAGAGGAUGGACCGAUUGCGGAGGAGCUUUCGGGACAGCUUCCGCCGGCGGAGGGAGCCGACUUCGCCGGAGGCCAGCAGGCCCCAUCAGUGGCAAGCGGACGAGAGCGCGGUGCGCUCGGGCAACUGCGCCUUCCAAGUCAAGUACUUGGGAUGCACCGAAGUGUUCGAAUCCAGGGGGAUGCAAACGUGCGAGGAGGCUCUGAAAACGCUAAGGAGCUCGAAGAGAAGGCCGAUCCGAGCUGUUCUGCACGUUUCCGGGGAUGGGCUCAGGGUGGUCGACGACGAGACGAAGGACCUGAUAGUCGACCAGACGAUCGAAAAGGUGUCCUUUUGCGCACCGGACCGCAACUGCGAAAAGGGAUUCAGCUACAUAUGCAGGGACGGCACGACCAGGCGAUGGAUGUGCCACGGCUUCCUGGCCGUCAAAGAGUCCGGUGACAGGCUGAGCCACGCGGUCGGGUGCGCCUUCGCGGCUUGCCUGGAGAGAAAGCAGCGCAGGGACCAGGAGUGCGGGGUCACGAUGACGUUCGACCAGCGGACCUCGACGUUCACGCGGACCGGUAGUUUCCGCCAGCCCAGCCUCACCGAGCGCAUGCAGGACCCCCAGGAGCGCGCGAUCGACGUUCCACCGUCGCGGCAAGUGCACAAUCCGUACGCGAUCGAGAGGCCCCACGCGACGCCGUCGAUGCUCGAGCGUCAGGGCUCCUUCCGGGGCUUCGACCAGCUCAACCACGCCUCGCCCUUCAAGCGCCAACUGAGCUUGCGCGUCAACGACCUUCCCAGUAACUACGAGCGCGUCAGGAGCCACAGCCUCGAGCCCACGGACUUGGCGCGCCUGCCCAUGCCCAUCAAGCCACCCGUGAGCCCAAUCCCGGAGAUAUCGCCGAGCGGCCAAGACAGCGUGUUGGCGUUGUGUCAGCAGGUGACGCGCGACCUCUCGCUGCUCUCCAGCGACGACUUUAGCUCCUCGGUCAUAAAAACGACGACCACCGUCGUCAACAAGCUCGACUCGACGACAACGACGACGACGACCACCAUCAUUCCUGGAGUUACCGGCAUAACCAGCAGCAACUCCCUCGACAACCUAAAGAUGCUGCAGAACGGUUUCGGCGAUAUCAUUCCUAGCAGAAGCAUCAUCAACAACAACAAUAACAACAGCAGCAACAACAACAACAACAACAAUAAUAACAACAACAACAGCAACAGCAAUCACAGCAAUCACAACGGCAACGGCAACAGUAGCACAGGGGGCCAUCAUCAGCAUAACAACAACCUCAUAGAGGAGAGCAACCCGUUGAGCAGCGACGGCCAGAGCUGGCAGGAUAGUUCGUCGAGCACCGUGUCGUCGGUGAACCCUAGGCUGACACCAAUCUUGAACCAGUGCUGUCCCUCGCUGAGCCCCGUCAUGCCGCACGGCAGUGGCAGCGCCGCCACGGCCACGGUCAACAGUUGCGCCAUUCCCUCGAUCUUCGACACGCCCGCGGCGAGUCCUGUCUUCAGCACGACCUCGAACUCCUCGUCUCUCGGCAGCACUGGCCAUCAUCAUCAGUUCGCCAGUAGGUCGCCCGUGCCGGUCCCACCCCCGCUGCCAACCUCGGUUCUUCAGGGCAGCAGCACUAGCAGCAGUAGCUCCGAGAUGUCGGUGGCCACCGAUGCCAUUCCCACGCCGGCCAUCUCGUCCGCGAUACCCGUAGCCGAGGUGCAGCCGGUACAACCCAACAAGCCGGAGGUUCCAAGGGCCGCGGAUCGGUGGCUGGCUGGCGCCCCAACCGCGGCCAAAUUGUCGUCGGUUCCCCCGCCGAUAGCGCCACGUAGGGCCCCACCUCUGCACGCCAGGGCGAUGAGCCUCGGCUCGGCGACAAAGGCACCGACUCCUGCGAGGCAAGGACCCGCCGAUCCCUUCGACGCGGCUUGGGCAGACACGGUAGCGCGCAGACAGACCCCGACCACCAAUCCUUUCGUCAUGCUUCCCAACACCACGCAAGCUUUUCAGGUGCAAUUAUAGCCAGAGGAGGAGGAGCAGCUCAGGGACACGCGCGUAUUUUCAACGGACAGUUGAGGUGCUCCGCAUUGCAAGAUUCACUUGCCGGGAAUUCGUUGACUUGAGCGUCGAUGGAAUAGUACAGCAAUAGUGGCUGAAUUCAUGAUGCUUGGCAAUAAAGUUACUUACUCACGGCAACGACCCUCUUGUUUGCCCAGAUUUUAGGAGCUCACGGCUUAUAUAUAUACAUACAUAUAUAUAUAUGAUAUCUGUGUAGUAUUAUUAUCUAUGGCGAAAGCGUAUAUUGAAAAAACUUGUUACAUUUGUAAAAAAGUUUAGUUUAGAGUUACCGCGGGUGUAACUAAACGGCACAUACCUAUUUAUGGAUCCAGUGUUAUUUAUAUACAUACCACGCAAGACAAGUAUUACGAUGAUUCUACCGUGUAGAUAUUCGAACAGAUGGCGUACAAGGUAGAGAGAGAGAUAUGAGUAUUUAGAGCGUGCCAUUCAUUCAAAUGGCUUAUUGUAAAUAUCGUUUGAGUUUGUUAUCAAAUAUUAAUUUGACGCGCCGCACCAGCCUCGAUGAUCUGCAGACGCGCAACUAUUAACUUACUUUCGUCGUGGACCCACUCUCGCUGGCUUCAUGCGAGGUAUAUUAUUAAUAUACAAUUGUAAUAAUGCUAUUGCCACAAACUUAGCUAACGGUUACAUAUAAUAGUAAUAAUAGUAAUAAUAAUAAUAAUAAUAAUAAUAAUAAUAAUAAUAAUAUACACUUGAAAAGCUGCAAUAAACUUAAUUAUAUAGUCUGACUUACGUAUAAGCUCGAGACUACUAACUUGAGCUCAAUUAUUGUCGUUCUUUGCAUGAUGCGCAAAAAUUAACACGCACCGAUGAACUUCUACUGCACCAAAUUUAACAACAUUAUCACAAAAGCUACGACAUAUAUAAUAAAUAAAUAUAGCGUGAAUAUUGUUGAAAAAGAGAAAGUUAUGGCACUUUUAUCUUUACUAGGAAAAUACAAUUUCGAACGACGUGUGUUGUAUGAGCAAAUACACAUACAUUCGUGCAUAAAGUACGAUGAAAAAAAAAGAAAAAAUAUAAGUAUUCGUUGAAUAUAUCGGACAAGAUCUGUGAUAUGCUGAAUUGGUCAGUACUUAUGAUUCGCGGGGACUCGGCUACUGUAACUGUAAAUAUGACAUUUGGAACAAAUAGAAUAAUUAUUAACAGGAUCGUAAUGUCCCUUCAAGUCAAGAUGUAUGAGAUUGUCAGACUGCCCGGGAAUGAUAAAGUUAUUUUAAACCAAAUCGGAGUACAAAGUUUUCUUUGUUUUACGAUACAAAUAUUUAAUGAACUUUUUUUAGUAGUUGAAUUUCUCCGAGCCCAGCAUUAAAAAUGUCAAAUUAGUAUGCAACAUCUGAGAGACAGGUUAAAUGUGAUUUACCUUGAGACGAAGAAUAAAUGGAUAUAGUAUUGUACAUGCUUAGUUAAAAAGAAUAUUGAAAUGUAGUUAAAAAUGAGUCUGGUUGUCGAUUAACUCCUCACUACAACAUCAUUACCAUUAUUAUUAUUAUUAUGAAAAUUAAUCGACAUAGACAUUACAGAGAUGUAGCAGUAUCAAUAUGUUCUCUCACACAAUUAUUGUUGGUUAUUAUUAAAUUGGUAUUCUUCUCUAAAGACGCGAAAAAAAUAUAACUUAAAAAUGCAUAGUAGGUGCAGCUAACAAAAGAAAAAAUUAUUGUACAGUCAUAGUGCAGAUGGAUGAUGUUGGGAUGUAUAAUGGGUAACAUGAGCGCGACUAUUACUAUGUAAAGCCGCGUAUGUGCAUGAAAGCGAAAGUAUUAUACGUACCACGAAAGAACGUUAAUAAUAAGAGAACCGUAUCGGUAAUUUUUUUUCACGGGCCGAGUCUUGCAUCUCAUUCGUUUUCUCUCAACUCUCGAUACAGUUUAGUCAAUUUUAAGGAUGAUUUUUUCAAAUAUUUAUCAUGUGUUUGUACAGAAGAUGAGAAUUGAGUUUGUCGGUAUUUUUUACCAGAUCAAAUAAUUACACCGUAUAAUACGUUUUUUAAUUAAUUUUGUAAAUAAGAAAGAUUUGAGGUAUUUAUAACAAGAAGCAAAAGAACUAUGUGAGCUAAGAUAUUCAGGAUUACAUAAAUUAAAAGAUAUUUCACACACAUCAAAGAAAAAAAAAAAAAUAGAAAAGCUUUAAAAGAUUUGGCGCUAAAUAUGACUGAAAACGUGUUUCGAUGCGAGUAAUGUGCUGAAAAGUUUUUUAAAAAAAUCUGAACGAGGCGCCUAUUCGUAUAAACAUAACUGAUCGCACACCACUACUUUUUUUUACUCGAGUGGCUUACUUAAAAUAUAUUAUCGUAGUCCGAGAGAAUCUAAAAUAAGCCGCUUGACCCGUCUCGCGAUUCUUAAAAAUGCAGCUCAACCGAAAGUACAUAUUUUGAAACUAAAACAAAACUAUUUCUAUAAUUUUUCACAACAUUACGAGUGUUGUAAGCUUAUGUAAAGCGGUCGUUCGUAUUCAGGAACAACAACAAUUGCAUCAACGGAAAUUUCAUUAAAAGUGCGGGUGGGGCGGGACAAAAAAUCAUUUCGAGAAAAUAGUUCGUUGGAGGCGACGGAUUUUGGCUGAAGUAUUGCAAACUCAAAGGUAAAAAAAAAAAACAUCAUCGAUGCCUUUUGUCCGUCCCGAAAAAAAAAAAAAAUAAAAAAAAGACAGUGUC